CGCAACUUCGCUGGGCUUCUAAACUAUAUAUUCUGCUCUUCCCCCAGCUCAACUACCCCUCCUUCUCUUCCCCAGACUCGUCCUCUCCUCUCUUGUCUUCCAUAUUCCAUCCCAUACUUCCUCACUUUCAUCCUUUCUCCUCCUUGAUUCUGGUUUGAGUCCAAAGGUGGGGAGGCAGAAUGGCAGCAGAUCACGCCCCCAACCAAGAUGUGAUCGACAAGUCGGCCGCAGCAGGGGCUCUCGCAGGGCCCAUCCACUUCCCGCCCAAAGACGACCUCGCGCACACGAAGAGCAUGAACGAAGUGAUCCAUAACGCGAGGUCGGCGACGGAUAAGGAGCACAAAAUGACGCUCUGGCAGGGCAUCAAGUUGUAUCCGAAGGCGGUGGGGUGGAGUCUGUUGAUUAGUACUUGUAUUGCUAUGGAGGGGUAUGAUGUUUGCUUGUUGAGCAAUUUUUAUGGCUUCAAGCAGUUUAAUCGGAAGUAUGGGGAGCAAUUGCCUAGUGGCGAAUGGCAGGUUCCUGCGAGGUGGCAGGCGGGGUUGAGUAAUGGUGCCAAUGUCGGAGAAGUCAUUGGUCUUUUCAUCAAUGGUUUCGUCUCUGAGCGAUUCGGGUACAGAUACACGGUUAUGACUUGUCUCGUACUCAUCAUUGGUUUUACGGCCAUUUUCUUCACGGCUCAGAGUGUGAUCGAUUUGCAGGUUGCAGAGAUCUUGUGUGGUAUUCCGUGGGGUGUCUUCCAGACUCUCACGAUCACAUACGCCUCUGAAGUCUGUCCCGUUGCUCUUCGUGGAUACCUAACCACCUACGUCAAUUUCUGCUGGGGUCUUGGUCAGGUUAUUGGCAUCGGAGUUAUCAAGUCUAUGUUACCAAGAACAGAUGAGUGGGCAUAUCGAAUUCCAUACGCCUUGCAAUGGAUGUGGCCCGUUCCCCUUCUCAUCGGUAUUUUCCUCGCCCCUGAAUCCCCAUGGUGGCUCGUCCGUAAAGGCCGAACAGAGGAAGCCAAGAAGUCUCUUCUCCGCCUGACCAGCACCAACAAGGAAACUGACUUUGACGCCGAUGAAACAAUUUCAAUGAUGGUCCACACCACCGCUCUCGAAGAGAAGAUCACCUCUGGAGCCACUUACUGGGAUUGCUUCAAGGGAACCGACCUCCGACGCACCGAAAUUGUCUGCAUGGUAUGGGCCAUUCAGAAUCUUUCUGGAAACUCCUUCUCCGGAUACUCCACCUAUUUCCUCGAGCAAGCCGGCCUCCCAGAUUACAAAGCCUACGACUUCGCCCUCGGUCAAUACAGCAUCAACAUGGCCGGUGUCUUUGGCGCGUGGUUCCUCAUGUCCCUCGGCAUCGGUCGACGUUCUCUCUACCUCUACGGCCUCUGCGGUCUCUGCUCCAUGCUCUUCAUCCUCGGCUUCCUCGGUCUCGUCCCACAUGAACACAAAAAGGAAGCCUCCCUCGCCACCGGCGCCAUCAUGCUAGUCUGGGCCCUCUUCUACCAGCUCUCCGUCGGCACAGUCUGCUACUCCCUCGUCGCUGAGAUCUCCACCCGCCGCCUCCAAAUCAAGACCGUCGUCCUCGGCCGCAACCUCUACAACGUCGUCGGCAUCAUCUGCUCCGUGCUCACGCCAUACAUGCUCAACCCCGGAAGCUGGAACUGGGCCAACUUCACCGGCUUCUUCUGGGCGGGCAUCUGCUUCCUCUGUAUCAUCUAUACGUAUUUCAGGGUUCCCGAGCCCAGUGGACGCAGUUUUGCGGAACUGGAUUUGUUGUUUGAGAGGGGGAUUAGCGCGAGGAAUUUUGCGAGCACCGAGGUGGAUGUUUUUGAAGAUGAGGUGGGGUUGAAUAAGGAGGUUGUGGGGAGGUAUGAGGAGAAGAUGGAGGGGAGUGUGAGGCAUGAUGAGAAGUUGGAGGGAUGAUGACUAACGGGUUGACAGGUGAGGGCGGUUUGAAUGAUUUAUGAUGGGACAAGGUUAUGGAAGUCUGCUGCUAGGCGGACUGAAGAGUCGCUAAACUUUGAGUUUUGCGUGUUUGGAUUUGAUUCUCGCACGUUGGGCGUUGGCUGGUCGCGAGGCUGAUGGAGGGAGGACAUGGCGUACGACAUGGUGUACAUAUUUCUUGAAGAAAUCACUUUUGAGCAGCUGCUGGAAGCCUAUGCCAGUGCAGAAGGAGUGCAAGUGAAGGA